AUGACAGCCACGACUCGUGGCUCUCCGGUAGGAGGGAAUGAUAGCCAGGGCCAGGCUCCUGAUGGACAGUCCCAGCCUCCCCUCCAGCAGAAUCAGACUUCUUCACCUGAUUCUUCCAAUGAGAACUCCCCAGCUACCCCGCCUGAUGAGCAGGGCCAAGGAGAUACUCCACCGCAGCUUGAAGAUGAGGAGCCUGCAUUUCCACACACAGACCUGGCAAAGUUGGAUGACAUGAUCAACAGGCCUCGAUGGGUUGUUCCUGUAUUGCCGAAAGGGGAAUUAGAAGUUCUUCUAGAAGCUGCUAUUGACCUAAGUAAAAAAGGCCUUGAUGUCAAAAGUGAAGCAUGCCAGCGAUUUUUUCGAGAUGGGUUAACAAUAUCCUUCACAAAAAUCCUUACAGAUGAGGCAGUGAGCGGCUGGAAGUUUGAGAUUCAUAGAUGCAUUAUUAACAACACUCAUCGACUAGUGGAACUCUGUGUGGCCAAGCUGUCCCAAGAUUGGUUUCCCCUUCUUGAACUUCUUGCCAUGGCCUUAAAUCCUCACUGCAAAUUCCAUCUAUACAAUGGUACUCGUCCCUCAGAAACAGUUCCUGCAGGAGUCCAGCUCGCUGAAGAUGAACUUUAUGCCCGUCCUCCUGACCCACGAUCACCAAAGGGUUGGCUAGUAGAUCUUAUCAACAAGUUUGGCACAUUAAAUGGAUUUCAGAUAUUGCAUGAUCGCUUCAUGAGUGGAUCAGCAUUGAAUGUUCAGAUAAUUGCAGCUCUCAUCAAGCCAUUUGGACAAUGUUACGAAUUUCUAACAUUACAUACAGUGAAGAAAUACUUCCUUCCAAUUAUAGAAAUGGUUCCACAAUUUUUAGAAAAUUUAACAGAUGAUGAACUGAAAAAAGAAGCAAAGAAUGAAGCCAAAAAUGAUGCUCUGUCAAUGAUAAUCAAAUCUCUAAAGAACUUAGCUUCAAGAGUUCCAGGACAAGAAGAAACUGUAAAAAACUUAGAAAUAUUUAGGUUAAAAAUGAUUCUUAGGUUGUUACAAAUUUCUUCUUUCAAUGGUAAGAUGAAUGCACUAAAUGAAGUUAACAAAGUAAUAUCCAGUGUCUCAUAUUAUACUCAUCGACAUGGUAAUCCUGAAGAGGAAGAAUGGCUUACAGCUGAAAGAAUGGCAGAAUGGAUCCAGCAGAAUAAUAUUUUAUCAAUUGUGUUGAGAGAUAGUCUUCAUCAACCUCAAUAUGUAGAGAAGCUAGAGAAAAUUCUUCGUUUUGUCAUCAAAGAGAAAGCCCUCACUUUGCAGGAUCUUGACAACAUUUGGGCUGCACAGGCAGGAAAGCAUGAAGCCAUUGUAAAAAACGUACAUGAUCUCCUUGCAAAAUUAGCUUGGGAUUUCUCUCCUGAACAGCUUGAUCACCUUUUUGAUUGUUUUAAGGCAAGUUGGACAAAUGCAAGCAAGAAACAGCGUGAGAAACUACUUGAGUUAAUUCGUCGUCUUGCAGAAGAUGACAAGGAUGGUGUGAUGGCACACAAAGUACUGAACCUUUUGUGGAAUUUGGCUCAUAGUGAUGAUGUACCAGUUGAUAUCAUGGACCAGGCUCUUAGUGCCCAUAUUAAAAUCUUAGAUUACAGUUGUUCACAGGAUCGAGAUACACAAAAGAUCCAGUGGAUAGAUCGUUUUAUAGAAGAGCUUCGCACAAAUGACAAAUGGGUCAUUCCUGCACUGAAACAAAUUAGAGAAAUUUGCAGUUUGUUUGGUGAAGCACCACAAAACUUGAGUCAAACUCAGCGAAGUCCCCAUGUGUUUUACCGACAUGACUUAAUCAAUCAACUUCAGCACAAUCAUGCCCUAGUUACAUUGGUUGCAGAAAAUCUCUCUGCCUAUAUGGAAGGCAUGAGACAGUAUGCUAAAGAGCAUGGUGAAUAUGAUCCUCAGACUGUAAGACCAGGAAGCAGAUACAGUCAUGUGCAGGAAGUACAGGAGCGACUUAACUUCUUACGAUUUUUGUUGAAGGAUGGUCAGCUGUGGCUCUGUGCCCCUCAGGCGAAGCAAAUAUGGAAGUGUUUAGCUGAAAAUGCGGUUUAUCUUUGUGAUCGCGAAGCCUGUUUUAAAUGGUAUUCCAAACUAAUGGGGGAUGAACCAGACUUAGACCCUGACAUUAAUAAGGACUUCUUUGAAAAUAAUGUGCUUCAGCUGGAUCCUUCCCUAUUAACAGAAAAUGGAAUGAAAUGUUUUGAACGUUUCUUCAAAGCUGUGAACUGUCGAGAAGGAAAGCUAGUAGCAAAAAGACGAGCCUAUAUGAUGGAUGAUCUGGAAUUAAUAGGAUUAGACUACCUUUGGAGGGUUGUGAUUCAGGGAAAUGAUGACAUCGCAAACAGAGCAAUAGAUCUUCUUAAAGAGAUCUAUACUAAUCUUGGCCCAAGGUUACAAGUUAAUCAGGUAGCAAUUCAUGAAGACUUCAUUCAGUCCUGUUUUGAUCGUCUAAAAGCCUCCUAUGAUACAUUAUGCGUGUUGGAUGGAGAUAAAGACAGUAUCAAUUGUGCAAGACAAGAAGCAAUACGAAUGGUGAGAGUGCUAACUGUUCUAAGAGAGUAUAUCAAUGAAUGUGACAGUGAUUACCACGAAGAAAGAACUAUUCUACCUAUGUCAAGAGCUUUCCGUGGUAAACAUAUCACACUGGUAGUUCGUUUUCCAAACCAAGGCCGACAGGUGGAAGAUCUGGAUAUUUGGUCUCAUACCAAUGACACAAUUGGCCAAGUACGGCGUUGUAUUCUCAAUCGUAUUAAAGCCAACAGUGCUCACACAAAAGUAGAACUGUUCAUUGGUGGUGAGCUGGUGGACCCUGCAGAUGACAGAAAAUUAAUUGGGCAGUUGAAUCUCAAAGAUAAGACGCUGAUUACGGCUAAGCUUACACAGAUAAAUUCUAAUAUGCCCUCAAGUCCAGAUAGUUCUUCUGACUCUUCAACUGGUUCUCCGGGCAACCAUGGCAAUCACUACAGUGAUGGUCCAAAUCCAGAAGUUGAAAGCUGUUUGCCUGGAGUGAUCAUGUCACUGCAUCCUCGAUACAUCUCUUUUCUUUGGCAAGUUGCAGACUUGGGCAGUAGCCUAAAUAUGCCACCUCUUAGAGAUGGAGCACGUGUUCUUAUGAAGCUCAUGCCACCAGAUAACACUACAGUUGAGAAACUAAGAGCUAUUUGUUUAGAUCAUGCAAAGCUUGGGGAAAGCAGCCUUAGUCCAUCCCUUGAUUCUCUGUUCUUUGGUCCUUCUGCCUCACAAGUGCUGUAUCUAACAGAGGUAGUUUAUGCCUUGUUAAUGCCUGCCAGUGCACCUCUGGGAGAAGAUGCCAGUGACUUCCAGUACAACUUCUUAAAAAGUGGUGGUUUGCCUCUUGUGUUGAGCAUGCUGACUAGAAAUAACUUCCUGCCGAACGCAGAUAUGGAAACUCGAAGGGGUGCCUACCUUAAUGCUCUAAAAAUAGCCAAAUUAUUGCUAACCGCAAUUGGAUAUGGACACGUUCGAGCUGUGGCAGAAGCUUGUCAGCCCGUUGUGGAAGGCACAAGUACAAUUUCACCGAUAAACCAGGCUACGCAUGACCAGGCAGUGGUGCUACAAAAUGCCCUACAAAACAUUCCUAAUCCAACUUCAGAGUGCAUGCUAAGAAAUGUAGCAAUACGCCUUGCACAACAAAUAUCUGAUGAGGUUAGUGAAUUCCUUUCU